AUAAUUGGUUUGCCGAGAAUCAGAAGUGAGGUAUAUUAGACACUUGUUUGGGGGCUAUUAAUAUAAAUUUGUAUUAUAUUGUGCUUUAAAUGGAAGGAGAUUUCACUAAUUGGCUCUCAGCAAAAUUGAGAGAUGUUCAUAUCGAUGACGAUGUUUUGGGUUCCUACCUAAGCAGUAUUAUAACAUCCGAUGAGCCGGAAAAUGAAAAGAAAGAAACUAUUCAGGACCUUCUGCUGGGGUACUCAGAAGAUGUUGAAUCUGAGCAGUUAUGUUGUGAAAUCAUUGACAGAUGGCAGCAGAUGAAAAAAAAAUCUUGUGCUAACAAAAAAGAGGAAGGAAAAAUUGAUAUUGUGGACAAAGUCGCCCUCAUAAUGGAAAAGCAGGCACAACCGGUUCAAAAAACUAUUAAUCGCUCAACAGAAGAUGAAAAACUAAGAGAGGCUAUUUUGACUCGAUGCACCUAUUUUUCAUCUGAAGAAGAGGAAGAGCACUCUGAAGAAGAAACAGUAUCAUCUUCAAAAGCUCCAUGUCAGAACCAAAAUGCCCAAGCUGUGAUACAAGCCGAAAGAGAUAAACGUGAAUUACAGAAACUUGAAACGGAGAAAAAGAAAGUUCAAGACAAAGCUAAUCGUGAAAAGCAGAAAUCGAAGCAGGAUGAAAGACGUGAGAAAGAACGUAAAAGAACCCAAAAGCGCGAGCAUAGGCGGUGAAAUUGAUUCUAUAAUGUAACAAGUUUUAUAUUUUUAGCUAAAUAUUUUUGUUUCAGCUUGUAUUUUUAACAUUAUAAAAUGUAACCUGUUAAUGUGGCUAAAGUGAGAGUUGUAGCCUUAAAGCCAGCCGUGUUGCUGGUUUUGUAAAGAAAAAAUGCCUCUUGAAAAUAUUUUUAUCAACAGUAAUUCAGAGCUCUUAAACUUAAUAAGUAAUUUUUUGUGAUUUUAAAACAAAUUCUACUAAAGAAGCUAAACAAUCCCCAAAAGAAGCUUAUUUCUUGCUGUGAAGAUAAUGACAAUGAGAUUUAAAUUACUGAUAUUGUAAACAAAAUGUGUUCACAUAUGUAAAAGUAUUAAAAAUUCAUUUUUGGGAAUUGCUGUUAAAAAAAAAAAAUAAUACACAUAUCCAAACAGUAUUAUUACAUAUCAUAAAAAUAAAAAGGCUGAUUUUCAUUUGGGAGGAGGGGUAAUUUUUACUUCAUGUUACUGAUUAUUAUUAUGCCUAAGCUACAAGAAGUGCUUUAAGAAUUUUCAUUGGUAAUAUUAGUUAAAAAUUACAACUAAUGCAAAGAAAUUAUUUGACAGCAAAAUUUAACUGCUUAAUAUUAUAUGUUUUUUUUAAUGCUUUCUUAAAAUAACAUUUAAAGACUUUUUUUCUGAUACUACUCUAAAGCCACCGAUCAAAUAUGGUUCAAACCAGCUUUUAGACAAAUAAUUUGAUUUAGCUUGAUUUGAAAUUAAUUUCUUGUUCCCCCACUCUUUCUUUUCAAAUAUUUUCUGGUGAAUUGCUACCAAAAUGAAAUAAAUCCAUUGAAAAAUGUUUGCUUUUUGACUACCUUUGAACAUGUGAGCUAUUCACAAAAAAAAACACAAUGUAGCGAAUUUUCUGGAGAAGCGUGAAAUAAUCAAAAAUUAAUGUAAUGGUUAUUAAUGUUUUUACAUUUCACUCAAAUUUGACUACAAUCAUUAUCAAUCCAUAUUAAUAAUGUUUUUGUGAAUGUUUCAACAUAAAAGAAUAAUAUAAGUUUAUUGGGGCUAGUUAUUUUAUAAAGCUAUUGAAAAAUAUUAGGGGGAUUUUCAUUUAUACUGAGAUUUUUAGGCUAUUGUAUUGAGUCAAUAGAAGUUUAUUUGUUUAUUAUUGUAAUCUUCAAUUGAAAUUGAAUAAAUAGCUUUUUAUUUGCACUAU